CUCUUCCUGUAAGCUUCCUGGUUCAGCAUAACCGUCCAUAAGCUUUAAUGCAUACAAGCUGCAUAGGCCCUUCAAGCUAGGCUUCAGUCAGAUGGCGAGCAGACACCUGUCGAGGGCCGAGGCGUUGGCGUGUCCAGGCUGCAGGCACGCCUGCCACGUGAUGCUUUACUGUGACACAAAAACUCUGCUGUUUGGGAGCAUCCCCAUCCGACACAUCAUACUGGUGAGGAAGAGUCACUGUUUGUGUUUGUGUGUGUGCGUGUGUGUGUAUAACAGCUUUUGUCACUUCCCACAGAUGCAGAUGCGCUUUGACGGUCUGCUGGGUUUCCCUGGAGGGUUCGUCAACCUUUCGGAGGAGUCCCUGGAGGCGGGGCUCACCAGGGAAUUGUCGGAGGAGCUGGGCAUGGCUCUUCCUAUACUGGAGGAAGAUCACGUGGACUCGUGCUACGCCCCUGCUUCCUCCUCUUCCUCCUCCUCCCCCCGUGUCAUCACUCACUUCUACGCAAAGAAGAUGGAGGAGGAGCAGAUUAGGGAGUUAGAGAGAGCCGCCGUGACCACGGCAAUGGAUCACGGACAGGAGGUUCUAGGGAUGGUCCGAGUCCCUCUCUACACCAUGGAAGACGGGGGAGGCCUCGCGCCGUUCUUUUCGCACUCCUUCGUCGGCAACGCCCGCUCCCAGCUGGCCGACACCUUGCUGCGCCUCCACCUAAUCGCCCCGGAGGAGCUGCGGGAGGCCAUCGCGUGCUCGCUGGCGAUACAGGUGCGCGCCGCAGAGGAGCUGCGGGCCGCCCUCGCGUCGGCGGAGGCGAAGAGGAAGUUGCUUUGAAACACCACCUGCACGUGCACCACCAGCACAUCCACUCAAGCACGCAGAUCGCAGUUUGGCACAUCACAAUCCACACACACUGGGUGACUCGUAACCGCCUCACGCAUCAAACUGUUUGCUCCACCAUUAAUGCAAAUAAAACUUUU